AUGAGCGAACCGAACAUGGCCGGCGCGAAGCACGGAGACCCUGGCUGCACCUGCACGACAUGCCACAUCGCGAAGAGAAGAUCCCAUAAGAAAUCCCGGAACGGAUGCAAGAGUUGUAAGCAGAGGAGGAUAAAGUGUGAUGAAGUUAAGCCUCUCUGCGGACAAUGUGUAAAAGCGGCCAUCGCUUGCGAUUUCCCGGCACUGGCCUCGAGUUCAGUUGAGCGGGAGCCGUCUGGUCCGAUUAAGACUCUCGCCUUACAACCCCGAAAACGAGGUCGUCCACGCAAGGACUGGGAUGCAGUGUUUAGAGGACCUAGUCCUUCCCACGGCAUGCCGGGCUCGUUGGACAGUAUGAGAUCAACGUCAGCCGAUACGGCUCUUGUAGCGGCAUUGCCAGAUCAGGGGAUGAUGGAUCUCCCGUGGAUAUGGACGGUAGACGAUCUCGAGUUGCAGCACCACUUUUUGACAUCCAAGGACCUCACCUUCCAGGACUCAAAGCUCUGGCGCGAGAAAGUUCCGCGUCUGGCCUUCAGAAACCACUGCGUACUGCACCUCCUUCUCGCCGUCUCCGCCUUGCACAUGGCAAAGCAGAAGCCCAGCGAGUCAGACCGAUACACACAGCUUGCAGAUAGCCAUUACAUUGUAGGCCUUCGUCAAGUCAUGGAGCUUCUGCCUACCCAAAACAAGGCCUUGGCCGACGCACUCUACAUAUCGACAACCCUUGUUUGCGCCUACGCCUUUGCAGCGAAACCCAGCCCGGGUCAUCUCCUCGUCAUUGCAGACGGAGAGGAAGUGGCAUGGUUUGAGCUCCUGAAGGGCGUUCGCAUUGUCGUUACCAACAUGGGAUGGGAUGCCAUCUUUUCAGGGGUACUGGGGCCUCAUCCCGAUCCCGAAGAAAAACCGCUGCCCUCGACGGCUCCGACGACAAAUAGGGCGGUUCAAUGGGAGCCGCCACUGCGCAGCCUCGCAGAUUUCAUCUCUGUCUCCAACGAUCCAGACAAACAGGUCCUCGAAGACAUGGCUGAAAGCGUUAUUUCGUGUUUCCGGUCAACGUUUGGCACCACUGAAGAGCCAAAGCUGACGGUAGACGGCAAGAUGGAGGUUGUGAUUGGAUGCGUAUAUGCAAUGAAGGACGAAUUUGUUCUCUGUCUCAAAAAGAAGAGCCCUUUGGCCCUUCUCAUCCUAGCAUACUUCGUGGUUCCCAUCAAGACACUUGAAUGGGUGUGGUACAUGGAGGGCUGGGCAAAUCACAUCCUGCACGGAGUCGCGCUCAUCUUGGGACCGAGAUAUCGUGAAUACUUGCGAUGGCCAACAGAGGAAAUCGAGAGAUUGAACUCAGACAGAAUGAACCAGACUGUCACUCCAUGA